GAAGAGUGUUCUCUUCUCUUGUCCACCGUAUAGUCUGGGUUACUCACCACACAGUCGUCGUCCUCGUCCGGAGAUGUGGAGGCUGAAGGUGUCUGAGGGUGGCGGCCCGUGGUUGCGGUCGGUGAACAAUUUCCUGGGCAGGGCUGUGUGGGAGUUCGACCCCGACCACGGCACGCCGGAGGAGCGCGCUGAGGUUGAGAGGGUGCGCCGGGAGUUCACCGAGCACCGGUUCCAGAAGAGAGAGUCGCAGGAUCUUCUUAUGCGCAUGCAGUAUGCAAAACAAAAGCAUCUUCUGGUGGAUCUUCCAGCCAUCAAGCUUGCAGAUAGUGCAGAGGUUACAGAAGAGACCAUAUUAAUAUCAUUGAGGCGAGCCCUUGCUCAACACUCUGCUCUGCAAGCGGACGAUGGACACUGGGCUGUCGACUUCAGUGGAAUUAUGUUCAUUAUGCCUAUCUUGAUAUUUGCUCUGCAUGUUACUGGAUCACUUAAUACUGUCCUAUCAACAGAACAUCGACGCGAGAUUUGUCGCUAUAUUUACAACCAUCAGAAUGAAGAUGGUGGUUGGGGCACGCAAGUGUUGGGGCCUAGCACCAUGUUUGGAUCAUGCUUAAACUAUGUUACCUUGAGGCUUCUUGACCAGGUUGACAAUGAUGCCUUAACAAGGGGACGUGCUUGGAUAAUAUCACGUGGAAGUGCAGCUGCAAUACCACAGUGGGGCAAGAUAUGGCUCUCGGUGAUUGGUUUGUAUGAAUGGUCCGGAAAUAAUCCGAUCAUUCCUGAAUUGUGGCUUGUCCCGCAGUUUCUUCCAAUUCAUCCAGGACGAUUCUGGUGCUUUUGCCGGUUGGUUUAUAUGCCAAUGUCUUAUCUCUAUGGUAAAAAGUUUGUUGGCCCAAUUACACACACAAUAUUGACAAUAAGAGAGGAGCUCUAUAGUAUUUCAUACCAUGAGAUUGAUUGGAAUAAAGCACGUGAUACUUGUGCCAAGGAAGACCUUCGGUAUCCACGUUCAUUGCUGCAAAAUGUUGUUUGGUCAUGUCUUAAUAAAUUUGUGGAACCAGUGUUGAACUGCUGGCCAGUUAAUAAGUUAAGAGACAGAGCAUUGAAGAACCUCAUGAAACAUAUCCAUUAUGAAGAUGAAAGUACUAAAUAUAUUGGUAUAUGUCCGAUUAACAAGGCACUAGAUAUGAUUUGUUGUUGGAGCGACGAUCCAAAUUCAGAUGCACUGAAGUUGCAUCUUCCAAGGAUCUAUGAUUAUUUAUGGCUUGCAGAGGAUGGUAUGAAAGCACAGGUAUAUGAUGGUUGUCAAAGCUGGGAGACGCCUUUUAUUGUUCAAGCCUAUUGCUCAACAGACCUUGUUAAUGAGUUCGGUCCAACACUUCGAAAAGCCCAUGAGUUCAUUAAAAGUUCACAGGUUAUGGAGAACCAUCCUGACAGUGAAGCAUAUUACCGCCAUAGAUCAAAAGGUUCAUGGACACUUUCAACAGCAGAUAAUGGUUGGUCUGUAUCAGAUUGUAGUGGAGAAGCACUUAAGGCUUUAUUGCUGUUGUCAAAAACAUCUCAAGAUAUUGUUGGGGAUCACAUAAAAGAAGAAAGGUUGUAUGAUGCAAUUGAUUGCCUACUUUCUUUCAUGAACAAAGAUGGUACCUUCUCUACAUACGAGUGUAAGAGAACUACAUCUAUGAUAGAGGUUCUCAACCCUUCUGAGAGUUUUCUGAACAUUGUGGUCGAUUAUCCAUCCGUUGAAUGCACAUCAUCAGUGCUUCAAGCCUUGAUUAUGUUUAGAGAGCUUUACCCGGGGUACCGCGGAGAAGAGAUAAGAAAAUGCAUUAAAAAUGCUUCCAAUUUUAUUGAAAAUGGACAACGAAAGGAUGGCUCAUGGUUUUCCACUUGGGGCGUAUGUUUCACGUAUGCAACAUUCUUUGCUGUAAAUGGAUUAAUUGCUUCUGGAAGAACUUAUGAAAAUAGUUCCUCCAUAAGCACAGCAUGUAACUUUCUGUUAUCAAAGCAGCUAAGUACAGGUGGAUGGGGAGAGAGUUAUCUUUCUAAUGAAACUGAGUCUUAUGUCCACUCUACUAGUCCCCAUGCAGUCAACACUGCUUGGGCCAUGCUGGCUUUAAUUUAUGCUGGGCAGGUUGAACGAGAUCCCACGCCACUAUAUCAUGCUGCAAAAGAAUUGAUCAAUAUGCAACUAGAGACGGGAGAGUUUCCCCAGCAAGAACAUGUUGGAAGCUUCAAUUGCUCCUUUUACUUCAAUUACGGGAACUACCGCAACUUAUUCCCCAUUUGGGCUCUUGGAGAGUUGCGUCGUCGACUCCUUGCGAAGGAGAACUGAACCGCUGAACAUGAUAUAUGGCUUCACUGCUCAAACUGGGUCACCUUAUUUUCCAUUACUUCCACUGCUCCUUUGUGUAACCGUGGAUGUUGCAAAAACGAACAUAGACGAACUACACCUAUUUAAGACAUACAACAGUAACAGCCUUAGAACAAUGUUGGCUGAGGCAAAACAAAACAUAGUGACUUGUUAUCUUAUGUACUGUAAUGACGCCAAUUACGUUGCUCUGUUUGGUUUUGAGAUCCUGGUCAUGAACCUAACUUGCCUCGAGAGUUCAUUGGCCAGAAUUGAAGGCAAAUAUGAUGGCGAUGGAGACAUGGGCCAAUGGGUGUUUAGGCAAGUCAGGUUUUGCACGAAUCAGAAUCUCAAACAAUUAAGUUUCAGCCACACCUGUAUAUGACUAGAGUUAGCUUUUUUCCCCUUGGGAAUAGGUGGACUCGAACCUUCAAACUGUGUUGCUUCUCUGGUUUCCAUACUUUUUUUUUGAAGGGAUCACGUGCCGCGUAGAGAACCUCCAAGAAAAUGCUUAACCAGUAGUACCGUGCUCAUUAUUCAUUGAGAUGUUGAUCACCUAAAAACUCUGGUUAGGCAAGCCACAAGAAUGUUGAAUUCUCAUAGGCCAUAGGCCGAAGAAUGGUACGCCAGUUUAUCCUUCUUCCUUUUUCAUGUCUUUGCACUUCAAAAGCUAGACCAAAGAAGAGAGAAAGAAACGAAAGCGAAC